AAAAAUAAACGUUACGGAGAUUCCCGUAGAAAGCCGAUGUUCACCAUCGAAGCAGCAUGUCAAGUGAAAUGACAACAUUGGCGAUUUAAUAUAAACUAAAGAUGGAUAAAAAGAAAGCAGAUGAAGACCUGUUAGUUGUUCCUGAGGGUUGGAAGGAUCCAGGCAUAACAAAAGAGGACAAUCCCCAUGGUCUUCUUGCAGAGAGUUCUUUUGCAACCUUGUUUCCGAAGUACAAGGAGAAAUAUCUUCAGGAAUGUUGGCCAUUGGUGAAGAAAGUAUUGGCAGAUCAUAAUUUAAAAGCUGAGCUGGAUUUAGUUGAGGGAUCAAUGACAGUGAGCACAACCAGAAAAACCUGGGACCCAUACAUCAUCAUCAAGGCUCGAGAUCUUAUAAAGCUGCUUGCUAGAAGUGUUCCAUAUGAGCAGGCUGUUCGUGUCCUGGAGGAUGAGGUGUUCUGUGAUAUCAUCAAGAUUGGCAGCCUCGUCAGGAACAAGGACAGGUUUGUGAAGAGACGGCAGCGCCUGAUUGGUCCUAAUGGCUCUACUUUGAAGGCCGUUGAGUUGCUGACCAACUGUUAUGUGCUAGUACAGGGGAACACGGUCUCCACACUCGGUUCCUACAGAGGAAUUAAAGAGGUACGAAAGAUUGUAAUCGACACCAUGAAAAAUGUUCACCCAAUUUAUAAUAUAAAGACAUUAAUGAUAAAGAAAGAGCUGGCUAAAGACCCAGAGCUGAAGAAUGAGAACUGGGAGAGGUUUCUGCCAAAGUUCAAGUCUAAGAACAUCAGCAAACGUAAACAACCCAAGAAUAAGAGAGAGAAGAAACCGUACACGCCCUUCCCACCUCCACAACCAGAGAGCAAGAUUGAUAAGGAACUGGAGACUGGAGAGUAUUUCCUGAAAGAACCGGAGAGAAAGGCACGCAAACAGGCAGAAAAAAGGGCCAGGGAGCAUGAUAACUCUGAGAAACGUCAGAAGGAGAGGGCAAAGGCUUUCAUUCCUCCUGAGGAGAAGCCAUCAGAUACUAAAAAAGCGAAAACGAAUAACACGUCUGUGGAUGUGGACACCUUGAAAAAGAAAAUCAAACAAGCGCAGAAAGGAAAGAAAGCAGUUCAGACCAAGAGCUGAGUCAGUAGACCUCCUAUCUCUGGGACAAUGUGAUGGGAAGAUCCCAGCCUAGCGAGUACCAUAUUUACACGCUAGCAGGCAGAGUGUAGCAAAAAUUAGUAGAAAUAAAAGCCUCGUUGUGGAGGAACUGGAUACCAAGAUUAGCCUGUGCAGUCUUCUUGCAUUGACAGUAAGACAAGUUUGUUCCAGAAAGAGGCUCAAAUUAUCAGUUAUAUUUAAUUACUACAUUUGGAUGUCACAUAACUUUUGGAAAUCUAUUCAUAUUAUUAUAACAAGAAUAUAAGGUAUCAGUUGUGAAAUUCAAUGAAUGGAUUUAAGACACAUUUUGGAGGAAAAACUUACUUCAUGGCUAAUCUGUCUGCACAAAAUUAGUCACUGGUCUUCAGAUGAUUCAUGUUGGUGAAAUACCCUAUUGAUUUAUUUGUCCCUUUUGUCAGUGUUAUUGGAGGCUUGUCCUUACAGAAUUUUGCUAACAUUUUAUUGGUCAGGACCUUUCAUGCCAGGAAAAUGUGGUGUCAGAAUUCUGCAUUACAGAAGUUCAUCUUUGUUGAUACAUAUUCAUAUACAGGUUUGUUUGAGAGGCAUUGAUAUGUUGUUUGAUAACUGUAUAAAAAGUGUUAACUAGUAUCACUAGAUGGCAAAAAUUCACAAUAUUAUGGACCAAGUUUUGAUGUAUUA